CAUCAAUUAUCAAUACAAAAUGAGGGUUUAUCCAUCAGGAACAAGAUUUGCACUUUUGGAACAUCCUGGUGACGGUAUGAUCAGUCUCACUUCAUUUGCAGAGAAUAUUUUCGAUUCAUUUUUGAUUACAUUGAACUUACUAGCUAUUGGAUCAAUCAUUUAUAAAGUUACUGGUGAAUUUUGGUUUAUCUUAGCAGGUUGCUAUGGAGUAAUUACUUGGUGUUCAACUUAUUUUAUUAAAAAUAAUUGUUUAAAACCAGCUCGUCAAUUAGGGUUAAAAGUGGUAUGCAAUAGAUAUUGUUACUUGUCAUUAGGUACUUUCAUAUCAUCAGGUAUUUGUUUUAUAUUAUCUUUAUUUGGGGUUUACAGAACUAUCUCUAGAGCUUCAAAUAGGGGUUGAUUGUUUAAAAUAAGUUGUUUUGCUUUUAAGUUUUGCCAUUUCCGUAUUUACCUAAAUUUUCAAAAUUUCCAAACCCUAAUAUCAGUUCAUAUUAUUACAUAGCUUAAAAUAUAUUCAGUAAUUUUUCAAAUUUUUCAACUAAGUACCGUUAUCUCUACAAUAUUACUACAA